UUUCAAAUCUCGAACGGCUAAAAAGGUCGUGCUCUUCCCCCAUCCCCGACCCUCAACGUCUCUCCCUCUCCUUAGCCUCUCUUCUUACAUGCUCUUAGAUCCCAUACGCCUCAAAGCUGGGAUUUUUCUACAGAGAGGCGGUUGUGGAGACAUGGGUGGCUCCGGGAAGUGGAUAAAAUCCAUCAUAGGCCUCAAGAAAUCGGAAAAGGACGACCAAGUGGGUGGUGGUAGUGGGAGUGGGAAGAGUAGGAAGUGGAAGCUAUGGAGGAGCUCCUCGGGGUCGAGGAGUGGAAGCCACAGGUCGGCGUCGGAGGCUUCCGAUACCUCCUCAUUGGCCGAUGCCUUCAGUGCCGCAGUGGCGACACUGGUCCGGGCGCCGCCGAGGGAUUUCAAGGUGGCGAGGCAGGAGUGGGCCGCUAUCCGGAUACAGACUGCCUUCCGUGGAUUCUUGGCCAGAAGAGCUCGAAGGGCUCUGAGAGGGAUUGUAAGGCUUCAAGCACUGGUGAGAGGUCGCCAGGUGAGGAAGCAGGCGGCAUUGACGCUAAAGUGCAUGCAGGCUCUUGUCCGCGUCCAGGCCCGCAUGCGGGCACGGCGGGUGCGCUUGACCACUGAGGGCCAGGCUGUGCAGAAGAUGCUUGAGAGCCGUCGCAGCCAAAUGGAUCUCUUGAAGAAAGCAGAGGAAGGAUGGUGUGAUAGUCAAGGCACGCUAGAUGAAGUUAGGACCCAUUUACAGUUGAGGCAAGAGGGAGCUCUGAAAAGAGAGCGGUUGAUUGCUUACUCUCUUUCUCAACAGCAAUGGAGGUCAACCUCGAACACAAGGUGUAAGUCAUCUGUGGCCUCUCUCAAGCAUCAUGAGCACGAUAAGAGCAACCAGGGCAGGAGCUGGUUAGAACGGUGGAUGUCUGCAAAGCCUUGGGAGAAUAGGUUAAUGGAACAAGCUCACACUGAUCCUUCUGAUGCGCAUUAUUCUAAAAGCUGUGAAGAGUUCCAUGGAACAUGUUCAAAGUACUCAGAUUCUGGGUCGGUAAAAAUCAGAAAGAACAAUGUCACUACCAGGGUUUCAGCAAAACCUCCAUCAGUGCUUAGCAAGCAUUGUGAAGCUCAAUCUGCCUCCUCUUCUGAAUUCCAGUAUGAUGAGAAUUCUCCAUCAUCAUCUUCUAUAUACACAUCUACCCCAAUAUCUGGUACCACUAUCUUAGCAUCAGAAAGAACCGAGGAGAGCAGUAAAAGUCAGCCAAACUAUAUGAACUUGACAGAAUCAAUCAAGGCGAAACAGAAAGUCAGACAAUCAUCAGUGGAUCUUCAUUAUUAUAAGAGGGUGGCUUUCUCUACCAUAGACUCAAAGAGUAGUGCUGGUUCAGAUUCAGUGUCAUCUUUUAAAACAUUAAAUGCUAGAUCUUGGAAGGGGAAAACCAUGGCAAGAAGCAUGGACAAGGAGAACUACUGCUAUGAUAAGAGAUCAGCUUCUUUAUUUUGAGUGUUUCUGCAUUUUGGUGCCCAACAUCUUGUUGUCAUGUGUGCUUGUUUAUGUAAUUUGUUAUUAACAUUCUAGGAAUUGGUGUUGGCUUUGCAAGAUCAA